AUGCUAGAUAUUAAGAAUGAGUAUAAAUUACAAGAUGAAUUUAUUAAAUUAAGAAGAAUAUUAAUAAAUAUCUUUUGCUAUGAACUGUUUUAUUCUCCGAAUAAAAAAUUAAAAGAUAAAUUAUUGUAUAUAAUAAGAAAGAGUAAAUGUUAUACGAAAUGUUGUUUUCUGUUUAAUAGUGAAUAUAAUAAUGUACAUAAUGAUGAGGAUAUUUAUGAUGAAUUUUGUUUAUGUGCUUAUAAAAAAUAUAGACAAAGGAUAAAUAAAAUUUUCAAACGUUUUAUGAUGAAAAAGAAUAAAUAUAAUAAAAGAAAAAAAAAAGAAAAGGAAAAUAAAUUAAAUACUUAUUGUGAGUUAAGAAAAAAUAUUUGUUUUAUGGAAAAGGAAAUUUUUAAUAGAUUAUUUUUUAAUAUUAAUAUUAGGUAUUCCAAUUAUGUGAUAGAAAGAAAAUAUAUGUAUUUAUAUUUCUUGUUCAUAAAAUUUAUGGGUGUAUUAAAAAAAAAAAAAAAACAUUUAAUAAACAACAACAAUAAUAAGGAUAGUAAAAAAGAUAAGCCUUGUUGUUUUAUAGAUUCUUUCUUGUCCCAUAUUUAUAUAAAACAGUUUUCAUUAUUUAUUAAUUACUUAUUAAAGGGGAAAAGGGACAAUAUUUAUUUUGAAUUAUUCAAAGGAGAAAUUAAAAGUACUUUUAAUUUAAAGAUAGAUAAAAAUAGAUACAAAAAAGAAAAUGUACAUAUAUAUCAGAAGAAAUAUUCAAAUUUUUAUCAUUCUAUUGUUAUAUAUAAAUAUAAACCUAUAAUAAAAAAUGAAAAAAAAAUUCAUAACAAUAAUAAUAAUAAUAAUAAAAAAAAAUAUAUAUAUAUAUAUUAUUAUAUCAAAUAUCUUGUUCAGAAAAAAAAGUAUUCAUAUAAUUUUUCCAUACACAGAUAUUAUUACAUUAAACAUAGAAAUAAGACACAAGAUGUUUUUUUAAAUAUUCCAAAAAACAAAAAUAUAUAUAUUCUUAGUGUCAACAUUAAUAGUUUAAAAUGUGUUAUAAAUAAAUUUAUAUAUAACGAUUUUUAUUACAAUUUAUUAAAUUCUAUUUUUUAUAGUAUAAUAAAUAUACCCUUACAAUAUGUAUGUGACAUGUAUAUAUAUUAUUUAUAUUGUUAUGAUAGUGACGUUAUAAAUGAUGAAAAUUUAUUAUGUGUACAUAAAGAAUAUAAUAACAACACAAAGAAAAACAUGGAAAAGAAAAACAUGGAAAAGAAAAACAUGGAAAAGAAAAACAUGGAAAAUAACUACAAUAAUAAUAAUGAUAUUUAUAAUGACAAUCAUAUUUAUAAUCAUAUUUAUAAUGAUAAUAAUAAAACAGACAAAUGUAAUAAUACGUGUGAUAUAAAAAAAGGUAAAGACAAAUUUAUACAUUUCUUAAAAUAUUUUUUUAUAUCAUCAGAUCAAUGUGAAAAAGAUAUAAAAAAUAAUCUACCAUAUUCACAAAGGUCUUUUCUUUUUUCUUUUAUUAAUCAUAUAAAAGAAUUGUUGAAAAAUAAUAUAAGAAAUAUGUUAUAUUUAACUAUAAGCAAUGUGCACAAAAUUAUAUACAAUGACAUAUCCUUGGAAUAUAUUUUUUAUUUAUUUCUUUUUUAUUUUAUUUUUCUAGAUAUAAAAAUAUAUUGUACCAUAUUUAUUAAUAUGGAGAAAACAUCUCUAUCUUAUGAAGAAAUAAAAAUAUUUAAAUAUUUUAUCAAAGGUUGUACUGAUCAUAUCAAAAAUGAGAAAAAAAAAAAAAAAAAAAAAAGUAACAUAAAAAAUGAUAUAUUUAAUAAUCAUAAAAAUACAAAUGUGUAUACCCUUACCAAAAAUUAUAAUAACAAUGAAAAGGUAAGCGAUUAUUUUCAUAUAUGUUUAAUAUGUUCAUAUAAUAUACUAAAUCAAGACAAGAUAUUUAUGAUGGAAAAAAUAAAAAUUCUUUUUUAUAUUAUAUAUUAUAUUUUAUAUAUAAAUCAUUUUAGUUGUGAUAAAAAUCAACAUGAUACAUUUUUACGUUAUUUCCUUUUUUAUAUUUUUAAAAAAAAAUCGACGUUGUUUAACAUAUAUCCUUUACUUUCAAAAACACAAAAAUGGGUACCUCAUGAAUAUAAGGAUAAUCUUCCUAUAAAUUAUGUUGUUCAUACAUGUUGUAGUGUUACUAAAAAAAAAAUUCAAAAGGAUUUUAAAAAGUAUCUUAUUAAAAUAUUAAUUAGUAAGAAAUAUAAAUAUUACCAAUAUUUUAUUAAAUUAUUAAAUGAAGAAGAUAAAAAUAUAGCAUGUUUUAAAAAGGGUAUAUUCAAAAAUACAGAUACGAUUAAUGAUUAUAAGAAUAUUAAUUAUAAUAAAAAUAGAAAGAAUGAAGAAAUAUAUAAUAAUUUUAUAAAUAAUAAUUAUAAUGUAAAAUAUAACCAUGAAAUAAUAUCUUCUAUAAAUAAAAAUUCAUUUUUGAAAGAUCAAAGAAUUUAUCCUUAUAAUAAACAAAUAUUAUAUUAUCAACAACAAUUUUAUAAUUAUGUUUUUUAUAUGUUCAGGACAUUCUAUGAAAAUUUAAAAUUAUUCUUAUUACCAUUAUUACAAAAUAUUUAUCACAACCGUUUGAUAUAUAUAAAUGUAUAUAUGUAUUUACUUAUGAUACCUUCUUAUUAUCAUAUAGAGAAAAAAAAAAAAAUAAACAUCAAAAAUAUGAAAUGUGAAAAAUGUGAAAAAUGUGAAAAAUGUAAAAAUUAUAAAAAAUGUGAAAAAUAUCAAAAUAAUAAUUAUAACAAUAAAUUGUUAAUUAAUUAUUCAUCAGAGGGUCAAGUAUUAAAUACAAAAGAUAUCACAUGUACCAAAAAAAGUAAAGAAAGGAAACAAUCUAUUAUUUUAAAAUAUUACAUAAUCAAUUUAUGUAUACAUUUAUAUAAUAAUUAUUUAUUUAUGUUAGAAAAAAAUAAGGUUAAAAAAUGUAAUAAAAUGUUUUUAAGAACAUAUCUGAAAUUACUUCUAUAUAUAGGACGUUACAUAUUACAUAUAUGUACACACCCUCAACAUUACAUACCAUUUCUAUGUAAGAUGAUUAAUUUUGUCAAUAUGUAUAUGUACAAAUAUGUGGAAUGUUAUAAUGACAUAUCUUGUAUAUAUUCAAUAAAAAAUGAAAAAAUGAAAUAUAAAAAUAUGUCACCAUAUAUUCUAUAUAGAUUUUUUCUUAUAACAAAACAAACUACCAAUAUGUCCAUUCAUAAUAUUAAAAAAAAAAAAAAAAAAAAAAAAAAAAAUUUCUGCAAAAAAAACAAGACAUAUUAUUUUAUUAAAACAAAUGGAAAUCAUAACAUAUAUUUAGAAAAAUAUAUAAAGAAAAUAUUAUUAAACAAAGGGGUGCAAAAUAUAUUCCAUAAUAUUUAUGUACAUAUAAAAGAGGAUUAUUUUUCUGUACAAACAAAACAGAAUUUUAUAAUUUUUAAACUUAAAUGUAAAGAAGAUGAUAACACAAAUACUUUACAGAAUAUUUAUUACCAAAUUAAUGGGAAAAAAUAUUUUGUUUUUGAUAAUUUAUAUAAAUUAAAAAAAACAUAUAAAAUAAAUUAUAUAAUUUUAUGUUUACUAUUUUAUAGAUAUUGUUAUUUCUUUUAUACAUACAAUUCUUUUAUAUUUUCGUAUCUGUUUACAAAUAUUUUUUGUAUAUGUAUUGAUUGUCUUAAUAAAUAUAUUAUUAUAAAAAAUUGUCAAGAUAAAAAGAAGGAAAGAUGUCAAGAUAAUAGUCAUGAUUGUUUUUAUAAACAAAAUGGCAUUUUAAAAAAAAACAGGAAUCAUAUCUUAAUUAAAAAUUUUUAUUAUUUGAUUUUCUUUUUAUUAAUACGUUAUCAUACAAUCAUUGGUAAUAUUUCUCAUUCGGGUUUACAAAAUUGUAUACCCAAGAGAAUAAUGAAGGCUUUAAAAAAAUACAUGAAUGUAAAUGUAGAAUGUUUUUCUUCCCCAUUCAAUUCUGUUUUAGAAAACUACUGUUCUCUUUUUAGUGACAUUGAUAUUUUUUUUGGAAGUAAAGGUGAUUUCUUUAAAUAUACCUUAAAAAGUGGCGUAUAUGAAGUCAACCCUCCUUUUGAUAUUUUUCUAAUUAAUAAGUUGAUAAUAUAUAUUUUGUUCAAGUUAAAAAUGGAUGUAAAUCAUCUAACCUUUUUUUUAAUUAUUCCUUAUAUGAAGGAUAUAAAUUAUUACUAUGAGUUAUUAUUUUCUUCGUCUUAUCUAUCACAUUUUUUCAUAUUACAAAGGAAUACUUAUACAUUUUCAACAAGAUUAUUUGAAGGAAGGGAGCAUGAAUAUAUAUCAACGUGUGAUUGUUUUGUAUUUAUUUUGCAAAAUAAAAAAGCACAAAUUGAAAAUAGGAUUCCUAAGAAAAGAGUAUUAAAAAUAAAAAAGUUAUGGCAAAAUGUUGAUCAUAUUUAA